AUGCGUAUCGCUUCGCUUUCCUUCCUCCUCUACUCCCUGUCCCUCGCGGCCGUGGUCUCGGGGCAGAGUUCUGCUGUCACCGAUGUGACCUCUGCGGUAGGCAUUCCUGUUUCGACAACGGAAUCCUCAACGACCUCGGAGUCCACUACCUCCUCGGAGUCGACCUCGACGACCAGCAGUACAUCCACUACUACGUCUGAGCCCACGACAACUUCCCAGAAGACCACAGCUGAGCCGACAACGACUUCUUCCACCACCACCAAAGCGACCACCACGAGCGCGGACACGCAGCCGACGACGACCGACGCCCCCGCAACCACCUCCGCCUCGGAAACCCAGAAGCCCACCGUCAAGACCAUCACUACCGUUCAUACCAUCAGCGGAACUCCUGUUCAGACCACUAUGACCAGCUCUGCGACUGACGCUUCCGCAACCGAGUCUCCUUCCCUCAACGGAAAGGCCGACAACUCCGGCAGCUCGGGCCUCUCCUCCAGUGAGAAGAAGAUCGUGAUCGGUGUCGUCGUGGGUGUUGGUGGUGCCAUUCUGAUUGGUGCCAUCGCCGUGGUCGCCUGGAGAAUGCAUGUGCGUAAGCGCAACGCUCUCGACCAGGACGAUUCCGCCGAUCUCAUGAGUGGUACUGCAGUGGGCAGCGGUAUGCGGGAGAAGGCCCCCAGCCCGGCCCAAGGCACCCCGUUCCGCAGCACCCUGGACCAGUACCAUAACCCGGGACCCGUCAAUGCUGCCUCGAACUUCUAA